AUGCAUGACCCAUCGUCAGCGUUCACCGCUGAAGACCAACAACGCCACCCGUACAUUUCAUCCGUUCUCGAACCCAGCACGCAGAAAGUGGUCGCCACUGCUGGCGUCCGAAUAUACUAUGCGCCUUUCAACAAUCCUCAUCUAAACUGGAGCUACUCUAAGCUCAAAGGAAUCUUGGUCUUCGGACGUGACCGAGACACACACCAUGGCACGUCUCCUCCGAAGCGAGGCGGUCAUGGUGUGCGUCUCAAGGAGAAAUACUGGUUCCGUCUCGUUGACAUGAAGACCGACCGUGUGGUUUGGACAUUUUCCAUCCCCGAGGUCUUCGAGUACACGAAAGACAAGCCUUUCUUUCACUAUUUCUCCGGAACGAGUCGCAUGUUCGGACUUUGCUUCGACGAAGACGAAGAAGCAAGCGUCUUCUACAAAAAAGUCUCGGAUCGGACGCGGCAUCAUUUCUUCCAACCCUUCCUCUUCAAAUCCAGCAAGGACAAGAAAGAAAAAAAGAAGGCACCCAAAUCUUCUUCAGUGAGCCCUCGGAUAAUCUCCAGCCCCGCGCCCCACUCCUUUGUCCAUGUGGCCCAUGUCGGAAUCACCACUAGGGGCAUCAUUGAAUCUUCCAAGAAUAUCAAACCCGCCUGGUCGACGCUGAUGGCAGACCUUCAGGGUCGUGGGGUGGCACCUGAGAUCGUCAAAGACGACAAGGAUUUUGUGGAAGGGUUUAUUGCGGGUGCUAAGGCAAUGACGGAUAAACCAACGGCUGUGCAGCUCCAACCUCCAACUUCCCCAGUGCCACCCGAAAAGCGCAAAAUCCGAAGAAAAGCUGUUACCAUUUUGUAA